GCUUCCCCUCCAAAGUCCCGCAACUGUUUUUCUCAGAGGGUUUUACAUUUUGCAGCCAACCAUGUUGCAACCCCAGAAAGGAAGGGCCACAAGAGAGCCAGAGGGUUCGCAGCCAACGUCGUUGCAAGUGAGAACUCCCAAGACUGGAAAGGCCAGAAGAGAGCUAGAGAAACGUGCCCCCAAGAUCGUUGAGACCGGGAAGAAGACGUUGAUUCUUCACGGUAGGAAGACGAGCAAUGUGGUUAACUCUGUGUUAUCGGACCUUUACCAUUUGAAGAAGGACAGUGCUGUGAAAUUCAGCCGCAGGAAUGAAGAUAUUAGCCCUUUUGAAAGUGGGGGUGAUACUUCCCUUGAGUUCUUCUCUCAUAAAACCGAUUGCAGCAUUUUCGUCUUUGGCUCUCACUCAAAGAAGCGGCCUGACAAUCUUGUCAUAGGGAGAACUUAUGAUCACCAUAUAUAUGAUCUCAUAGAGGUUGGGGUUGAAAACUAUAAACCAUUGGAAUCAUUUACAUAUGACAAGAAACUAGCACCACGUGUGGGCACGAAACCUUUCGUUUGCUUUAUUGGAGAAGGAUUUGAAAGCGCAGGAGAACUGCAACAUUUGAAGGAAGUUUUGCUUGAUCUGUUACGAGGAGAGGUUGUAGAGAAAUUAAAUCUUGCCGGUUUAGACCGUGUAUAUGUAUGUACAGCUAUAUCUCCUAAGAAAGUGGUUCUUACUCAGUGUGCACUGCGACUGAAAAAAUCUGGCACUGUAGUUCCACGGAUGGAACUAGUUGAAGUUGGCCCCUCCAUGGAUUUAGUAGUUCGUCGGCAUCGUCUUCCUAAUGAAAGCCUAAGGAAAGAAGCAAUGAGAGAAGGCAAAAAUCAGCCCAAGAAGGACAAGAAUAUUAAACAGGACCUACUGCGGGGCAAGGUUGGGAAAAUCAACAUCCCGGAUCAAAAGAUUGGAGAUACGGUGUAUUAUCACACAAAGGUUGGUGAUACAUUUGUGCCUAGCAAAACAAAGGGAGUUAAAAGGGAGCGCCGUGAAGCUAGAAUGAAACACGAAGGUAACGAGCGUGCACCAAAGGUUCAAGACAUGCUUGAGCCCAAGAAAACAAAAAAACUUAAAAGGGAGCGCCGUGAUCCUACGACUACUGAGGAUGCCGAGUGAUUCUCUUUAGACAAGCAGACAGCUGAUCGGCCAAUGCUUGCAAGGAUUAAAGUCAGAAGGUGUGAUGGAUUCGAAGAGCUCGGGAUUUUUGUUCUUCCCAUAUUUCAUAGAUUCUGUUGUAAUCCUUCUGCUUUCCAUUGUCGCUUCCAUCCCGCGUGUUUAAAUUAGUUACUGCGACAGCAUUUUUGACUCGAAAGAUGGCGUUAUUCGACCAUCCAAUGUUUGAUUGGCGCUAUGUUAUGUAAUAUUUCUCUUUAGUUAUAUUUCAGGAAUGUUUUCUUUCUACAUUUAACUAAAUAUGAAUUAUUGUUCGUCUGGA